UUGUGACAGCGCGAAAGGACCAAGAUGGCGGAACGAGAGGCUGAGGCUUUUUUGUGGAAGUCUCCCAUUUACAGUAUUGCAGCCAUAUCAUUGAAGUCUAAAAUAGCUCCAAAUAUUUAAAGCCCAAGAAGCGGAAGUUUGGAGCGACGGAGUGUUAGCUGAAGUGAAGAUUGAAGACGUGAUAGAAGAUGGACGACUACUGCUAUGCUAAGAUGGUGACGUCAUGUCAAAGAGAAAGUGAAAGACAACCAGAAACUUCCAACAAAUCACCAAGGGAGAUAAAGACCAAAGAUGAAGAUGUUGAGCAGCCGAUUGGUCAUCCAGAAGAAGGGACUUGGACGCAGGAGACUCCACAACCACCCUGCAUUAAAAAGGAAGAGGAGGAACUCUGCAUCACUCAGGAGGGAGAGUGUCUUCUAGGACGAGAGGAAGCUGAUUACACCAAGUUUCCACUGACUGUUGUCUCUGUGAAGACUGAAGAUGAUGAAGAGAAACCACAAGUAGACAACCUCUUAGCUCCACUAUCAGAUAGUGUGGCUGAAGACGAGGUUGAAGAACCUUUGAGCAGCGAUGCAGACUGUGAAGAUGAUAUGAGGACUCACACUCACAUCAAACACUCUGAACCCUCUAAAAAGAAGAGAGGUAAAACAGACGUCCAGCAGCUGAUUGGUCAUCCGGAAGUACUUCCCCCUCAGUCAGGGGGGAGCUCCACUUUGAAGCAGGAGACUCCACAACCACCCUGCAUUAAAAAGGAAGAGGAGGAACUUUGGAUCACACAUGAGGGAGAGUGUCUUCUAGAACGAGAGGAAGCUGAUUACACCAAGUUUCCACUGACUGUUGUCUCUGUGAAGACUGAAGAUGAUGAAGAGAAACCCCAAGUGGACAACCUCUUAGCUCCACUAUCAGAUAGUGACACUGAAGAUGAUGAUGAAGAACCUUUGAGCAGCGAUAAAGACUGUGAAGGUGAUAUGAGGACUCACACUGACAACAAACACUCUGAAUGCCCUACAAAGAAGAAAGGAAAAACAGGUUUGAGCUGCUCAGUUUGUGCUGAAAGUUUCACUAAAAGCAGUCUCUUGACUCAACACAUGAGAACACACACAAGGAAAAGACCAUUUAACUGCUCAGUUUGCGGUAAAGUAUAUGUUUCUAGGCAAUGUUUAACCCGGCACACGAGAACACACACUGGACUCAAACCAUAUGAUUGUUUAGUUUGUGGUAAAAGCUUUACUAGAAACACCUACAUGACGCAACACAUGAGGACACACACGGGGGAGAAACCAUUUAACUGUUCAAUUUGCGGCAAAAGAUUUUCUCGAAACAGCUACUUGACCUCGCACAUGAGAACGCACACAGGCGAGAAACCAUUUAACUGUUCAGUUUGUGGUAAAAAGUUUUCUCUUAAUAACCGUUUGACUGAACACAUGAGAACGCACACAGGAGAAAAAACAUUUAGUUGCUCAGUUUGUGGUAAAAUCUUUGUUUCCAGACAGGGUUUGAAUCGACACCUGAUGACGCACAGUGGACUGAAACCGUUUAAUUGUUCCGUUUGCGGCAAAGGAUUUUCUCGAAAUAGCUAUUUGACUCAACACAUGAGAUUGCACACGGGAGAAAAAACUUUUAACUGUUUGACUUGUGCCAAAGGCUUUACUUUCAAGAGCAAUUUGACUGAACACAUGAAAAAACACAGCAAAGAAAGAACAUUUAGUUGUUCUGUCUGCGGCAAAAGAUUCCAUCGUAAUGCAGACGCAGUGAAACACAUAAGAACACACAAGCGAAAAUAAGCAAUUAGCUGUUCAGUUUGUGGUAUGUUGCUCAUAUGUGGCGACAUCCACGCUACCCAGGACCUCCUCAGAAUAAGUUCACUGCUUCUUUCACAAAUAUUUGCGAUAUUUGUACAAAUUGGGAUUAUCCGGAGCAUAAUCUUGUCUUCUGUGUAGCUGAAACUUUCCUGAAUAGUAAGAUAGAUGAUGCUUGUAGUUAGGGGUGUACAAUAAUAUCGGACCGCCGAUAUUACUGGCUGAUAAAUGCUUUAAAAUGUAAUAUCGGAAAUUAUUGGUGUUUUUAAAAAAAAGUACGAUUUACGACUUAUUUAAACGCAGCUGUGUACACGGACGUAAGGAGAAGUACAGAGCGCCAAUAAACCUUAAAGGCACUGCCUUUGCGUGCCAGCUCAAUCACGUAAUAUCUACAGCUUUUUACACACACAAGUGAAUGCAAAACAUACUUGGUCAACAGCCAUACAGGUCACACUGAGGGUGGCCGUAUAAACAACUUUAACACUGUUACAAAUAUGCGCCACACUGUGAACCCACACCAAACAAACACAUUUCGGGAGAACAUCCGCACCGUAACACAACAUAAAUACAGCAGAACAAAUACCCAGAACCCCUUACAGCACUAACUCUUCCGGGACGUUACAAUAUACACCCCCCUACCCCCUCAACACCGCCCACCUUAGUCUCGUCAUGCUCUCUCAGGGAGAGCAUGUCCCAAAUUCCAAGCUGUUGUUUUGAGGCAUGUUAAACAAAAUAAUGCACUUUGUGACAUGUUGGCAUUUUUUUCCAUAGCUUGAUUUAUUUUGGAAAACCUUGUUACAUUGUUUAAUGCAUCCAGCGGGGCAUCACAACUAAAUUAGGCAUAGUAAUGUGUUAAUUCCACGACUGUAUAUAAAUAUACAGGUUGAUAUCGGUAUUGGUAAUUAAGAGUUGGACAAUAUGAAAUAUAAAAGCCAUUACCGGACAUCUCUACUCAUAGUGCUUGGUUAAUUUUUUGUCAGACCUGAUGAGUCUAGCUGGGGAGGAAUUGUAGUCUUCUUCAGUGAUGCUUUUACCGCCUCUAGAAUGUUUGACUUUGAACACCAACAAGCCUGAGGCCUCAUUGUGUGGCUUUGCAACUAAAAAAUGUUGUACGCAGAAAAACUGUAGAUGUAAUAAAGUGUGAGCACGGAUUAAUCAACAAUCAUCAAUCAACGUGAAAUUGACACUGCGGGUCCACGCCCCCGUUUAAUUCAGACAUAUAUAUACAUAUUAGGGAUGCACCGAAAUGAAAAUUUGUGGCCGAAGCCGAAUAAAAUUUAAACGCUUGGCCGAAGGCCGAAUACCGAUUUAUGUUUUUCAUAAUUUUUUUAAUAUUGCAUAAAUAGCCUAGAAUAAAUAUUUAGACAUGUUUUUCAAAUAAAGUAUUUUUUUAUUGAAUAUUGACAUUUUUUUUAUAUUCCAGUAGCCUUUGCUUUUCAAAAAAAGCACAACGUUUUUCAUUUCUAUUAGGCCUUCAAACAAAACAUGCAUUCCCCCCAAAAAAUAAAGUGCAUUAAAGUGGAUAAACCCACAACAAAUUAAUUAUUGUCCUUUUGGCAAAAGUCUGCUUAGCCACAGUAAAUAUGCUAAUAAUGUAAACAGAAGGCUCAAGUAAAUCUCAAUUAAGUAUGUGCUUGUAACCUCAUACACUUAUACAGGUAGCCUACACAACAGGCUAAUAAUGUAAACAGAGGCCCCACUAAAUCUCAAUAAGUGUGUGCUUGUAACCUCAUACACUUAUACAGGUAGCCUACACAACAGGCUAAUAAUGUAAACAGAGGCCCCACUAAAUCUCAAUAAGUGUGUGCUUGUAACCUCAUACACUUAUACAGGUAGCCUACACAACAGGCUAAUAAUGUAAACAGAAGGCUCAAGUAAAUCUCAAUAAGUGUGUGCUUGUAACCUCAUACACUUAUGCAGGUAGCCUACACAACAGGCUAAUAAUGUAAACAGAAGGCCCCACUAAAUCUCAAUAAGUGUGUGCAUGUAACCUCAUACACUUAUACAGGUAGCCUACACAACAGGCUAAUAAUGUAAACAGAGGCCCCACUAAAUCUCAAUAAGUGUGUGCUUGUAACCUCAUACACUUAUACAGGUAGCCUACACAACAGGCUAAUAAUGUAAACAGAAGCCCCACUAAAUCUCAAUAAGUGUGUGCUUGUAACCUCAUACACUUAUACAGGUAGCCUACACAACAGGCUAAUAAUGUAAACAGAGGCCCCACUAAAUCUCAAUAAGUGUGUGCUUGUAACCUCAUACACUUAUACAGGUACACAACAUAUCCCAACGUCACUGCACGUUGGUUGAUUGCGUCACCGCGUCAAAAAAUUGCGUCACACGCCACUAUUCGGCCUUGUUUUUAACUCAUUCCACCGAAGGCCGAAUGUGGUUUUUUUUGCCAUAUUCGGCCGAAUAUAUUUGGUUACCGAUUAAUCGGUGCAUCCCUAAUUUCAAUGAGCCAUGCGUCUGAGAUCUCCCACUCUGCACAGUCCGAAAACACAAAGAUAACGAGCAAGACGGUGAAAAAGAAGAAUUUCACCGGCAGUGAGUUGGAGGUGUUUCUUGCUGAAGUGUAAAAAUUGUUCUCUCUUCCACUUUUGUUGCAAGUUAAUGAGACCCAUAUGCUCAACCUGCAUCAUAGAGAUGAAUAUUUGGGGAAUGACAUAAACGAAUGUAGUCACCAAGAAGCCAGCCAUUACACACAAUUAGAAUGUAAGAAUCAUGUGUUGAAGCAGGCCACAUCACUACAAUGUUGUUCAUUGCAUUUGCACAUCACAUAUCAUCUGUGCAAUGAUCCUAUUAAAUAUGUUUCCUGUUGACAUUUA